GGAAAGAUGACGGCGUCUCAAGGUACACAGUGUUUCGCUUACUUAUGUUCCAAUUACCGAAAUGCCAUAAGCAAAUCCAAGGGAAUAUCGUUUCACAAGUUUCCAAGUGAAGACAAAUUUCCCAAGCUGUAUGCAGCCUGGGUGAGAAACUGUCAGCGAGACAGAGAGCCGGGAAAACACUGUGUGCUGUGCAGUGAUCACUUUGCAGCAGUCUGUUUUGACCGAACUGGUCAAAUUGUAAGAUUGAGAGAUGGUGCAGUGCCAACCCUCUUCAACUUACCACCACACCUUCAGGCACCAUGCAAAGGAAGAACAACCGAGAAUUCAACAAAGGCAGAUGUCACAGACAUUUUGCCACAAACAGUCUCAUCUGCUCCAAGCUGUAAAGAUCAUGCUUACUCAUGUUCUCCACGAAAAUGGAAAAGAAAGUAG